ACAUGUGAGUGAGUGUGUCACCAAAAUUGUCCCUUGCCAUUAGAACGCACUAAGAACUCGUUCUUUAAUUCUUUACACCAAAAGGGUUGCCUAAGUUGACUAUAACUUUCCCAUCAAUUUGUCAUUAAGCUCUGAGAGAGAGAGAGAGAGAGAGAGAGAGAGAGAGGUCUGAACUGUGAAGGCUUCAGUGUUUGCUUGUCAGUUUCUUGGUUGAAGAAAGGAGCAUGGAUUCUAUGAUUGUUGGGUCCUUCCCCAGACCAUCUUCACUUGUUACCAGUGGUGGAAAUGACUGGAAGAGUGACAGAGUCAAGAAGGUUUGCUUUCCAAUCAAACUUUCAAGAUUUGGAGCAUGGAACAGCCUGGAUAGAUGCUUGCUGGUCAGGUCUCCGCAUCAUCUUUUGAAGCCUCCUAUCAAAGGCUUUGAGGAAAGAACUACCUUCUACAAGAGACAUAAUAGAAAGUUCCUAGUGAAUGCAGCCUCUGGACAGUCUCUUGAAUCUGAGCCUGGAGCCUAUAAACCAAAAAGCGUCUGGGACUCUUUCAAAAAUGCCUCAGAUGCUUUCUACAGAUUUUCACGGCCACAUACAGUUAUAGGCACAGUAUUAAGCAUAGUCUCAGUGUCUCUCCUUGCAGUCGAGAAGCUGUCAGAUAUAUCUCCAUUGUUUUUCACUGGGGUGUUGGAGGCUGUGGUUGCUGCACUCUUUAUGAAUAUUUACAUUGUUGGUCUGAAUCAGUUGUCUGACAUUGAUAUAGACAAGGUUAACAAACCAUAUCUUCCAUUAGCAUCAGGAGAAUAUUCAGUUGGAACUGGUGUCAUGAUUGUGACGUCUUUCUCCAUUCUGAGUUUUUGGCUUGGAUGGAUUGUUGGUUCAUGGCCAUUGUUUUGGGCUCUUUUCAUCAGUUUUUUACUUGGAACUGCCUAUUCAAUCAAUGUGCCACUAUUGAGAUGGAAGAGAUUUGCAGUGGUUGCUGCAAUGUGCAUCCUAGCUGUGCGGGCGGUGAUUGUUCAACUUGCAUUCUUUCUGCACAUUCAGACCCAUGUGUACAAAAGACCUGUUGUCUUUUCUAGGCCGCUGAUUUUUGCAACCGCAUUCAUGAGCUUUUUUUCAGUUGUGAUCGCAUUAUUUAAGGACAUACCUGAUAUUGAUGGAGAUAAGAUAUAUGGCAUCCGCUCCUUUUCAGUACGUUUGGGUCAAGAGCGGGUAUUUUGGAUUUGUAUUUCACUACUUGAAAUGGCUUAUACUGUUGCCCUUUUAGUGGGAGUAGCAUCUUCCAGCCUCUGGAGUAAACUCCUCACGGUUGUGGGACAUACAAUAUUGGCUUCAGUACUCUGGAAUCGUGCCAAAUCUGUUGAUCUGAAAAGCAAAGAUGCAAUCACUUCUUUUUACAUGUUUAUUUGGAAGCUCUUCUAUGUUGAGUACUUACUGAUACCGCUUGUGAGGUGAGGAUGUGGAACAGAGUUGAGAAAGGUUUAAUUGAAGUGAUUUGUGCUUUCAAACUUUUAUUGCGGAUGUAUAUUCCUUGGACUCAAAUCUGUUUUAGUGGAUAUCAUGUUCAAGAAUUUGUCAAAUGCAUUUGUAAAAAAAGUUCAUUACCAUUCUGUGAUC